UGUUUUAUUCCAAUUCGUCACACUGACAGCGAAAUUCCGUCAUUAAAUUUCUCAAAAAAAAUCAUCACAUUUCGAUGCACAGAAGAACGCUUUAAAGUGUGGUUUAGCGUCGGAAAAGUUAAAUGGAAAGCAUCCAAGGCGAAAAUUAAACAAUCGAUCGAUUAAUGGAAUAUAAAUGGAAUAGAAUCCAAGAUAAACUUGAAUUUUUUUUCCGUCCCUUUGCGAAUUCCAUGCGACAUUCGACGAAAAACCACACGAAAUGAAGCGCGGUUCAAGCACGAGUAUAAAUUCAACCAGAAGAAGGACGCACGAAUCUUGUGGGAGCGUGCCGUGCGACAUCUCCGAGCGUCUGCAAUCGCUCUCGCUGCCAAACAGCCAUUUGGUGGAGGCGGUGCUCAAACAACACGAGCACGUCUUCACCGACGUCUGUCGGGAUCGACUGCGCAAUCUGCUUCAAGUUAUUGUCAACUCCAAUGCCAGUCAUAAGAAACAGAUUGACGGGCUUAACGAACAAUUAAAAAUGGGACACAUUAAAGAUAUCGAAGAUAGUAUUGAAAAAAUGCAAAAAGAUGCAAAAAAGAAAAAGAAUCAAGCAUCUCAAGCACAAAUUGAAUCCACAUCAUCUCAACAAGAUAGUUUUCAACGUGAGAGAACUUUUACUUAUGGCCCGACUACAUCAAGUAUGAUUUGUAAUGUAACAUCGUCAGUGGCAGCAGAGGAUAUUACCGAUGAGAAACCUAAGAAUAUGUUUAUAGUUGGCAAAAAGAGCGAAAUUAAACUAACGCCAUCUGAGGAGAAAACCGUUGACGAUAGUUUUGAUCAGUCUUAUUACGAGGAUAAAAAAGUGUUCUCCAAGGGUGAAUUAUCGAAAAUUUACCGCCAAGCAGCAGAAGUUUAUCGAUUUGAAUGUUUCGAUACAACGACAGCUUCUGCUUACGGUGAUCACGAUUCUGAUGUGGAAGUAAUCUUCGAAGCAAAGGAUAAACUAAACGGCAAAACAGAUUCUAAAGAAUAUGGUGACUCUAAAAAAGGACGCAAAAAAGGUUUAAAAACACCGGAAAACACAAAAAAGAAAAAAAUUACUACCACUACCAAAGGACACAUUUCUCAUAUUCCAAGAAGUUGUAGUGUGCGUGCGCGACAUUUGUCUUCACUGCGCGAAGAAAAGAAGCCCGCGGAGGAGGCGCGCCGACAUCGCAGCGCGCCGCGGCAGGCGACCAACGCCGCCGCCACCACCGGGGGUGGCACGCUUACGCCAAUACCGGAGUGUCGAGGCCGGCGGCGAGCGCGCGGCUACUCGAAGAGGAGCGUUAUUAAUGUGCCGUCGUUCGCACUCAAGGCCUACAUUACAUUAAUCAUGGACACGAAGCGCAACUGCAUGCUCUACGAAACUUUUCGAAAACAACUUAUAAAACCAAUAGAAGUAUACAAGGAACCAUACUUGACAGCUGUAUAUGAUUGCUGGAUGGAUUACAUGGUGUAUAUAAAAAAUAUUUUGGAUUACCUCCAACCAUACAUCAAAAAUUUACUCCACGUGUACUACACGCAUCAAAUAAGCGAACCAGAAUAUCGCGAAUAUGACACACGCAUCCCCAAAAUGUUAAUCAACGGAAUAAAGAACAUGAAACUAUGGCGAAUUGCUCUCCACGAAGCAGUUGAUUGUUACAGCAAAGUGUUUCCCUGCCUGCCUGAUAAUUGUGAUGUCCACCAACUUUACCGACGUAUUUACAAAAAAAUCGACGCGUUGCCCAAGAUUCCCGAAGCACAACAACAGAAACCCCAACAAAAUCUUAACAAUAAAAAAUGCCAAGCGAUGGAUUUCAUCUAAUCAUUCGAAAAUCACAAAAAAUUAAAAAAUUUGUAAAUUAGUAAAUUUUUUAUAAAGUUUGUUAUCUAUUCAAA